CGCGCUUCACGACUCACUGCAAGUUAAAUACAUGAUCAUCUAGCCACUUGACAGUUACGAAAAGCAUGAGCACCCAAGCAGCCGAUUCAACUACCAAGAUAGAAGCUGGGUCCGAAGUUGACCCACUAGGAAUCGGCACUCCAUUACCCUUAGGUCAGGUCUCUUCCGAGUCAGAGGCCCGCCCAUCGUUAUCCGAGUCAAAGGCCCCAGCGUAUGUCAAAAUAUACCUCCAAGAUGACUGUCUAAAGCACCGAUUCAUCCGCUCACGAGAUACCUCGAGCAUCGUGGAGCGACCCGAACGUUUACGCGCCGUCAAGAUUGGACUCGCUGCUGCAAUAGCGCGUAUCGAAGAGGCUGAAGGUGCUCUAAAGCCCUCAGAUGCGAAUGUCUCCGUAGAGGAUGAGCUGGUUGCUGCCCUCGGCAAGAUGGAUAUCGCCGCAUCCGAUGCUGGACUUAUUCGAGCUCGAAGUAUUUCUGUCACAAGAAGUACGGCUACUGUCGAUCUCUUAGACAACGCUGCGGUGAAAUACAUUCAUGGAGAUAUAGAUGGGGAUGUGUAUCUCCAGAACUUGAAGGCAUGGGCUCGGGAUAGUGAAGAUAAUAUUACCAAGAAGGGGUCUGAAAUGCCGGAGGGGAUGCCACCACUUGACUUGUACCUAUGUCCUUCCUCCAUUGAUGCUAUCCAAGGUGCUAUUGGUGCCGUGUGCCAAGCAGUGGAUGCAGUCAUUGCGUCUACUCGUGCAAAUCCUUCUACCAACCCUCAACGAGCAUUUGUAGCAGUAAGGCCCCCUGGACAUCACUGCGGCGAAGAUACCCCUUCUGGAUUCUGUUUUGUAAACAAUGUAGCGAUUGGUGCAGCUCACGCACAUCUCAAACACCGAAUUCAACGUGUUGUUGUACUGGAUAUUGAUUUGCACCAUGGUAAUGGCACGCAGUCAAUAGUAUGGCAAAUAAAUGAAGAAACCUACCAACAGACGCUUGAAUCUGAGCAGUCGCCUUCUGAACCCAACGCACCUCCUUCAACUCGCGGUCCGCAGAUAUUCUACGGCUCAAUGCACGACGUUCUGUCUUUCCCGUGCGAGGACGGUAAGGCAUCUUUUGUUCAAGCCGCGUCAACGUCAAUGCACGGACCGCAUGGACAACACAUCGAGAAUAUACAUCUGCAGACUUACAGCUCUGAAACAUACUUUUGGGACGUCCUCUACAAAGAACAAUAUUCGGCGCUGCUGAAGCGAGCAUCGCAAUUCCUUGACAGUACCGGCGGACCAGGCGAUGAUGUCAUGAUCUUCAUCAGUUGUGGUUUCGAUGCCUGUGAACACGAGUAUCCAAGUAUGUCUCGUCAUAACCGAAAGGUCCCUACAAGUUUCUACCACCGAUUUGCUCUCGACACGUGCGCUGUUGCCGAUGUUUAUGCUCGUGGACGCGUCGUGAGCGUGCUCGAAGGUGGGUACAGUGAUCGUGCGCUGAGUAGUGGGGCAAUGGCACAUAUAUGUGGACUCGUUGGAGAUGCUGUACAAGUGGAUGAGAGGUGGUGGGACUUGGAAAACCUCAUCAAGCUCGAGAAAGCCACCAAGGCUCGUAAAUUCGUGCGCCCCUCGCUGGGAAACGCCGAUCCCGAGCCAUGGCUUACACGUACCUCAGAGCUGCUCUCCCAUAUCGACCUCUACAGGACCCCACCACAGCCAAGUUCACGGAAUUGGGUCCCACCAACGUCGAGGACCCUACGCGAGCGCAAGAAGCUUUCGAGAAACAGAAGCACACCCGAGGUGGUUAGUAACCCUGGCAAGGACACGCAGACGCCAGUGCCUAUGUCUAGUACUUCUGCAUCCGCGUUUGAGAGUGAGGUUGUGAGCCCUCUCGUUGCGAAGAAGCUGCCUCGAGUGAUUUUACAUGUCAGGCCGCCUGAGGGCACGUCGUAAUGGUGGUAUAUGUGAUAUUGUACUGAUUGUUGGAAGCUUUUAUACAUAUCUAACGUGUACUUGUUAAUGCAAAUAUUGAUAUUGAUAUCUUU